AUGUGUGAAGAGGAGCGAGUCAGUUCAGAACGGAGGAAGGAGAAAUCGAGAGAUGCAGCGAGAUGCAGGAGAAGCAAAGAAACCGAAGUUUUCUAUGAACUGGCACAUGAGCUGCCCCUGCCCCACAAUAUCAGUUCCCACCUGGACAAGGCAUCCAUAAUGCGCCUGGCAAUCAGUUUCCUACGCACUCACAAACUUCUAUCUUCAGGUAAGAUCUGGCUACAAAAAGUUGUCAUAUGCGCUGACAACGAGAAUGAACUAGAGGCAGACCAGCAGAUGGACAACUUGUACCUGAAAGCUUUGGAGGGAUUUAUUGCCGUGGUGACACAGGAUGGAGACAUGAUCUUUUUGUCAGAGAAUGUCAACAAAUACAUGGGUCUUACCCAGGUGGAAUUAACUGGACACAGCAUUUUUGACUUCACUCAUCCAUGUGACCACGAAGAAAUUCGAGAGAAUCUGAGUCUGAAAAAUGUUUUAGGUCUGAGCUCUACAAACUGCUCUUCAAUGAUACAUGCAUAUUUGAUGGUCUCUGCAGGUCCAGGCUUUGGAAAGAAAAGCAAAGAGAUGUCAACUGAGCGUGACUUCUUCAUGAGGAUGAAAUGCACUGUUACCAACAGAGGCAGAACUGUUAACCUCAAGUCUGCCACGUGGAAGGUUUUGCACUGCACUGGACAAGUUAAAGUGUAUAACACUUGCCCUCCUCAUGCUCUGUGUGGGUAUAAAGAGCCUCUUCUCACCUGCCUUAUAAUAAUGUGUGAGCCUAUCCAGCAUCCUUCAAACAUCGAUAUUCCCCUGGACAGCAAGACCUUCCUGAGUCGCCAUAGCAUGGACAUGAAAUUUACCUACUGUGAUGAUAGAAUAACAGAGUUGAUUGGAUACCAUCCGGAGGAGCUGCUGGGCCGUUCAGCGUAUGAGUUCUACCAUGCCUUAGACUCGGAGAGUAUGACCAAGAGUCACCAGAACCUGUGUACAAAAGGUCAAGUAGUGACGGGCCAGUACCGUAUGCUUGCCAAGCAUGGUGGAUAUGUAUGGCUGGAGACUCAAGGAACGGUGAUUUACAAUACACGCAACCUACAGCCCCAGUGUAUCGUCUGCGUCAACUAUGUGCUGAGUGAAAUUGAGAAGAACGAUGUUGUGUUCUCCAUGGACCAAACGGAAUCACUCUUCAAGCCUCAUCUGCUGACGAUGAACACCGCCUAUGACAGCGGCAUCCCCGGCACAGAGAAGAGCGACUUCUUGUUUACUAAGUUGAAGGAGGAACCAGAGGAACUUGCUCAGCUGGCACCAACACCCGGUGAUGCCAUUAUUUCCCUGGAUUUUGGGACGCAGAAGUUUGAGGAAGCUCCUGCCUUCAACAGUGCUGUUUUGACACCAAACAAAGCAUGGCCAGUGGAAGCAAAAAGCCACGCUGCUCAAGGUGAAGCACUGACCAUACCAUCCUUUACAAUGCCUCAGAUUGCACCUGGCAACAGUACUCCAAGUGCAAGCAGCAACAGUAGCUGUUCCACGCCAAGCAGCCCAGGAGAUUACUACAGCUCUGUGGAUGAAGAUUUUAAGAUUGAGGUGAUUGAAAAACUAUUUGCCAUGGACACAGAAUCAAAAAGUCAGUGCAACUCCCAGACUGACUUCAAUGAACUGGACCUUGAAACCUUGGCUCCUUACAUUCCUAUGGAUGGAGAAGAUUUCCAGCUCAGCCCAAUCUGUCAAGAAGAACGUCCUCUCUCUGACAGUCCACAAAAUACCCAGCAGAGUCUAAGUAGCAUGAGUACCAUUUUCCAACCCCUUGCUUCUGCUUCACAGAAUCAGUUCCUCCCAGAGAAAUAUUGCCCACAGCUAUCAAAUAAAAACAUUAACCCUGGUCCUGGGUCCCUGUCAUCAGUGUGCUUCAGCAAUGCGAGUAGGUCAUCACUGCCACCGUACCAUGACCAAGCCAGCACUCCCUUGUCUUCGAUGGGAGGAAGACCAAACACCCAGUGGCCACCUGAUCCCCCAUUAGAAUAUGUUCCUGCUAAAUGGAGACUCAUGGAUAAAUACUCAGGAUCCCUGUCAAGAUCCACUUCAGGGCCACCAGUACAUUCUCCCAGCAUGCCCAUAUAUAAAAAAAGGCCCCUGGAUGCAUUUGGGCAACGAGGCAUAGAUAUAAACCCAGCAAGAAUUGCUCUGUCUAACAGUUUGAAACUGAAGCGACAACUGGAUUAUGAAGAACAAGCGUUGCAACAGCUGAGUGGGGGAGAUCCAUCUGUCAUUAACCCAUCUCACCUAAUGUGGAAGAGAAUGAAAUUUCUCAAAGGGGAAAACUGUUCCUUGGUUACAGAAAAGAAGUCUCUCAGUACAACUGUUCUUACUGAUGAAUUUGUCUGUAACUCAAGAGGUCUGAGCCAACCAGUGAAUCUACUGCAGCAGCAGCAACAGCAGCAGCAACAACCCACCUGUGGCAGUCCUGGUGAAAAUCUGAAAGCAGGAGCAUUUCCCCCUCCGUUUUACAGUUCCCAUUAUCAGGACUAUACAGCCCAGCCAGCUCAUAAAGCAUCAGGUAUGGCCAGUCGUCUGCUGGGGCCGUCCUUUGAACCCUACUUGUUGCCCGAGUUGACGAGAUAUGACUGUGAGGUGAAUGUCCCUGUUUUGGGCAGCUCUACCCUUCUGCAAGGCAGUGAACUGCUCAGAGCGCUGGACCAGGCAACUUGAGCGAUCCUGCAAAUAUUCCGUGGCCUAUACUGUUCAAAACAGCUUCAGUUUUUAAAUAUAUUUUUGCAAGUAGACAAUUUCUAAUACCAAUACACUUUUGCAAGAUUUUAUUUAGAUAUUGAACCUGUCCACAUUACCAAAUAGUGGCCUUUUGAAGUUACUCACUUUAUUAUUCAUAUUAAAGAAAUACAUCUACUGUAUUUUCUCUAUUGCAAUUAAAGUGUUGUUUAGAGAGUUUGAUUACCCUCCCCUUAUCUCAUUACCUAUAAUUUAUACUCUGAAAUUUUCUUCAAAUUUCAUGCUAAUAAAA